AUGGUUUCCCUCCCCGCGGACAAUGUCUACCAGCACACCUCACUCCAACAUGCCAUCCGAGGUGUACGCUCCUCCUCGACCCUGCAAUUCCGCGGCCUGAAAUACGCCCAUGUCCCAGCGCGAUACCAAGACUCAACCUCGAAUGACACUCUAACACCCGGCUCAGACGGCAUCGUCGACGCAACCGCAUUCGGCCCAUCAUGUCCCCAGCACCGCGGCGCCCAGGCAUGGGACCUCACGCUCCUGGGAGACGUAGAGCCGCCUCGCUCCAGGGCUCAGGGAAACUGCAUCCAGCCAGAAGAAGAGAAAAUGGAUGAAUUCGAAUGUCUGCAUCUCAACGUCACUGUCCCCGUAGAGCAGAGCUUGCGAGAUGGAAAUGGAGGGCCAAAGAAGAAGGCGCUUCUUCCUGUGUUUGUCUGGGUGCACGGUGGGGGAUUGAGCAUGGGAUCAAACAGCUGGCCACAAUACAACAUUUCCAACUUGGUUGCGCGGAGCCUGGAAAUCGGACAGCCGGUCAUAGGCGUCGCCAUCAACUACCGGCUCAACAUCUUUGGCUUCCUUGCAAGUCGGGAUAUUGGUGCAAAGGGGAACAUGGGGUUCAAGGACCAGGUCCUGGCUUUCCGCUGGAUCAAAAAGCACAUUGCCGGCUUUGGCGGCGAUCCAGACAAGGUGACAGCGGUGGGGGAGUCCGCGGGUGCAAUUUCCCUCUCUACACUGCUGUGUGCUGCUGGUGUCGGCACCCCCGGCCUCUUCGAACGCGUCGUGCUGAUGAGCGGGGAGACGACGCUGCGCAAACCGCGACCUCAGACCUGGCAACAGCAACUCUACGAGGAACAAUCCACGCUUCUGCACCUCGACCCCUCGGACCCCGCAGCCAGAAGGGAAAAGCUACUCGAAAGCGACGCCGAACAACUCGCCCAACAACUCCCACUCGCCCAGCACUUCACCCCCACAAUCGACCGCUCAUGGCUCAAAACAGACAUCACGCUCGAUCUCCUCAGCAACACCCACCGCGCCGAGCACAAACCCUCAUGGUGCAAGGAACACGUCGUCGGCGACUCCGCACACGACGGCACGGUGCUCAAAACCAGAAUCCUAGAUCACCCACACGUACUAGAGCGCCUUCGCGACGCAUGCGCAACCUAUCUCACACCCAGCGAGACAAACGACCUGCUCAGCGCCUACAAGCUCCACGACAGCGGCAGCAAUGCCACCACCACGAAAGAGGAACAAAUAGACCGUCUCCGCGCCCUCGUCUCAGAACUCCGCUUCUACCUCCCCACCCUCGCCGUACAUCGUGGCUGGCAAAACCGCCCAUCCAUGCGUUACCACUUCCACGUCCCCAACCCCUUCCCCGGCCCGUUCAAGGGCCUGGCCUCGCAUGAACUGGACGUCGCAUUUCUGCUGCAGAAUUUCAAUCAGCAGAUGAAUGAGGAGGCGAGGGCGGUUGCACAGGGUAUUGCGGAUUGGUUUAUUGGGUUUGCAAAUGGGUGUGGGUUGGAGGGCGGAGAAAGAAAAGGGUCGGAGGGAGAUGCAAGAGCAGAAGCACGAGGGAAAGCAGCAAGAACAAAAACCCCAUCACCACCAACCCCCCCAAUCCUAAUCUUCUCCCCAACAGGCACACACCACCUCCCCGCCUCCAUCUACGACCAAACCUACCGCGCCAACCGCGGCAAACUGCUCGAAUCCAUCGGCGCACACAAACUCUGGUGUGUAGCGGAGAUAUGGCAGGGCGUGCGCAAGGACGAGCCUGAGGAUCCUGAAGAUCCUGAACAAGGACGACGAGGAAACCAAGAUAGGGAAGGUCGGGGUGACGAUGACGCGGUACAAAAUGUCCAGCGCACGGCGCGCGCACGGUUAUGA